AUGGUUUUCUACAAAGUGAUCUGUGUGGCGACUCUGCUGACUCUCCUGACACAAGAGUCUCACUCACAACUGAAUGUGUGUGGUCUGCCAACACUCAACACCAGGAUUGUCGGAGGAGAUGUGGCCCCUGCAGGCAGCUGGCCCUGGCAGGCCAGUCUGCGAACCUCAGAGCCCCACAUCUGUGGAGGAUCCCUCAUUAACAAUCAGUGGGUGCUGACUGCUGCUCAAUGCUGCACCAGACAAGGCGUAGGCACGAGAACUCUGACUGUGGUUCUGGGUCUCCAGAGUCUACAGGGAACAAACCCCAAUCAAGUGUCUCGGGCAGUAUCACAGAUCAUCAUUCAUCCCAACUUUAACCGUGGAACUUUUGAAAACGACAUCUGCCUCCUGAAGCUCUCCUCACCGGUGACAUUCAACGCCUACGUCCAGCCCGUCUGCCUGGCAGCCACAGGCAGCACCUUCUACAAGGGCACUGUCUCCUGGGCCACCGGCUGGGGCAAUGUUGGAACUGGAGUGUCCCUGCCUUUCCCACAAAACCUAAUGGAGGUGCAGCUGCCGAUUGUUGGAAACAGAGAGUGUACCUGUACCUACGGAUUGAGUUUGAUCACAAACAACAAGAUGUGCGCCGAGUUAAAUGUUGGAGGGAAGGGCAUCUGUCAGGGGGAUGGAGGAGGUCCGCUGGUGAGCAAGCAGGGCGGUCGCUGGAUCCAGGGGGGAAUCACGAGUUUCCUCAGUAAUAAGGGCUGCGCAGUGCCUAAUAUCCCAUCAGGCUACACCCGAGUGUCCCAGUAUCAGUCCUGGAUCAACAGCCAGAUCACCAUCAACCAGCCGGGCUUCAUCACCUUCACCUCCACAGGGACCGACGGUGACCUCAGCGUCACCUGUCCUGCCCUGCCACCACCCAUAGCCCAAGUGUGUGGUCAGCCUACGCUCAACACUAAGAUUGUUGGAGGACUGGUGGGCUCUGCAGGCAGCUGGCCCUGGCAGGCCAGUCUGCAAAGCUCUGGAACCCACUUCUGUGGAGGAACCCUCAUUAACAAUGACUGGGUGCUGACAGCUGCUAACUGCAUCACAAGCACAGGCGUAGGCACGAGCACUCUGACUGUGGUUCUGGGUCUCCAGAGUCUACAGGGAACAAACCCCAAUCAAGUGUCUCGGGCAGUAUCACAGAUCAUCAUUCAUCCCAACUUUAACCCUGGAACUUUUGAAAACGACAUCUGCCUCCUGAAGCUCUCCUCACCGGUGACAUUCAACGCCUACGUCCAGCCCGUCUGCCUGGCAGCCACAGGCAGCACCUUCUACAAGGGCACUGUCUCCUGGGCCACCGGCUGGGGCAAUGUUGGAACUGGAGUGUCCCUUCCUUACCCACAAAAGCUAAUGGAGGUGCAGCUGCCGAUUGUGGGGAACAGACAGUGUAGCUGUACCUACGGAUUGAGCCUGAUCACAAACAACAAGAUGUGUGCCGGUGCUGGAGGGAAGGACAUCUGUCAGUGUAACCCCAGAUGGUCCACAGCUCAGAGACGGCGGGAGGAGAGGCUCUGGAUUCACCGUCUGGGCACUUUGAUUCCAGGAGGCCUCAAUGAGAAGUGA